GUGUCCCAGACUUUAGUCCUCUCAGAGACGAGUGGGCAGACAGGCUGUUAGGAUGCAGAAAGCAGUGAUUCUGGUUCCCCUGCUGGUCCUGGGAUGGACCUGGACCCUCCAAGGGCUCCCUGUCCUCUCAGAACCUCUCUACAGCACACAGGAGAACUUUGAUCUGGCCCGGUUUUUGGGAACAUGGCGCGAUAUUGCCACGGCAAGUACAUGUCCCUAUAUGCAGCGUCACAGGAGAGAUGCAGCCAUUGGUAAACUGGUACUGCAGAGAAGCACCACUGAAGGAAAACUCAAGAUGACACGCACUAAGCUCAGAAAUGGAACAUGUAUGGAGAUCAAUGGGGAAUAUGAGUUAACUGCCACACCAGGACGAUUCUUCUACCACAUUGAGAAGUGGAGGGCAGACGUGGAUGCCUACGUGGUUAAUACAAACUACAAUGAGUAUGCGAUAGUAAUAAUGAGCAAAAAGAAAUCAUCAGGGGAGAAGCACACCUCAGUUAAGCUCUACAGUCGAACUACCACUGUGAGGAACUCUGUGUUGGAAGACUUCAAAACGCUGGUCAGACAACAGGGAAUGAGCGAUGGCUCUAUUAUCAUCAAGCAGAACAAAGGUGACUGUGUUCCCGGACAGCAGGUGGCAGGACCAGCAGCUCAGUCUCAGCCUCAGAGGGUCAGGAGAGAUGUGGUGCCUCUUCCUCUGGCAGAUGAGGAGGGUUCUGGUAUUGACACACCUCUUUUCAAUGGAACCGAGGCCUGUGAAGCAGCACCAGAUACAGGGCCGUGUUUUGGGAUGCAUCAUCGUUACUACUACAACGCCUCCUCAAUGAGCUGUGAGCUCUUCAAGUACGGAGGGUGUUUGGGGAACCAGAACAACUUUGAAAAUGAGAGAGAGUGUCUGCAGAGAUGUCGCACUGAGGCUGUGUGCCGUCUGCCAAUGGCAGCCCAACCCUGCACAGGUCAGCCUCCCAUCUGGGCCUUCGACUCCACCAUCGGCCUGUGUGUGCCCUACAAACAGGGCUUCUGCCAGACCAACGGCAACAAGUUCUACAGCAAGGCUGAGUGUGAGGAGUACUGCGGGGUGGUUAAAGAUGACGGAGACCUCCUGAAUGCAAAUUGAGUGUGAGUAGGAAACAUCACUGCUCACCUGAACUCAUACAGAAUCACGAGGCUCACAAUAAAGAAGCAUGAUUCACAAAAUAUGAGAUACAUCACAACAGAUCAUCAAUAAAACAAGUUGUUACUCUG